AUGGAAGGCGAUAGCCUCGGACCGCGUGGUUGGGUGCAGGAGGCGAUUCCGCCCGCAAAUCCCCACCACGGUCCGCUUCGAGUGGCCGCGAUCUACGCGGGUCGCUGGCUUGGGCCCGAGGGAUCCUCAAAGACCGUGAGCGACCACCUCGUGAACUUCAUUCGGCCAAACCUGGUCGAGGUCUUUGUCGCGAUCGACCCCACCAGCUGGUGCGCAGCGCCAAAGAAGGCGCGCCGCGCGUAUCUGGCGGGUGAUGUUGCAACUGCCGAGGCCGUGCUGACCCAGCAGGCCGUCGCGCUCUUCGAGCAUUGGCCACGGCUGCACGUGGCGCUGGUGCCAGCGGAGGACCCUAGCCCGCCGCAUGAUUAUGGCCUUCAGGCGAAGAAGGCGAUGAAAGCGGCCACCGGGAAAACGAGUCCCGGCCGAGUAGCAGUUUUCAUGCACAGAUGGUACAUGCAGUUCGACCACGUCGCCAAGGCGGAGCUAUUUCGGCGUGCUAUGGGCCGCACGAUGUGGUGGGGCCACGGAGGGCUGGAGCUCGGCACUUACGGCUACCAUGUGUUGCGCCCUAAGGACUCAGCCGACUGGACUAGUGCUCAUAUGACCCGCUGCCUGCCAACUGCCUCAGCGAUGAGCGACGACGAGUGGGAGACGGAUCCGGACUACGAGAACAACAUCUCGGAGUCUGAUCGGCGGCGGGCCGGCACCGCCGCCGCUGCCGAGGGGCUGCGGCACGACCGGCUGACUGGCUUCACUGCCGAGCUCUCCAAGUCUUUCUCGGCCGGGCUUCCGGGCGGCGCGACCUCCGAAGAGGGGAGUGCGGGAGCGAGGAGGGCCGAGGAGGAGCGCGCCCGCAUCGCGGCCGCCCGCGAGGCGGAGCAGGCGCGCCGGCAGCAGGCGGCGGUCUGCAGGCAGAAGAAGGAGGAGGAGGAGGAGGCGGCGGCGAGAGCAGAGAAGGAGAGGGCGGUCCGGGAGGCAGCGGAGAGGGAGGUGGCAGCGGAGAAGGCAAGGGGGGAGGCGAGGGUGAAGGCGGAGGCAGAGGCGGCAGAGGCGGCGAGGGCGGCGGAGAUGGAGAGGGCGGCGGAGAUGGAGAGGGCGGCAGAGGCGGCGAGGGCGGCGGAGAUGGAGAGGGCGGCAGAGGCGGCCAGGGCGGCGGAGAUGGAGAGGGCGGCAGAGGCGGCCAGGGCGGCGGAGAUGGAGAGGGCGGCAGAGGCGGCGGCGGCGGCGGCGGAGGCGGCGAGGGCAGCUGAGAGGGAGAGGGCUGCGAGGGCUGCGCUGAAGGAGGCGGAGGCAGCCGCUGCGGAGAGUGCUCACCGGGAGGAGGCGGCGGCGGCAGAGGCGGCACGCGUGGCACGCUUGGAGGCGGAGCGGCGGCGGCGUGAGCGGGAAGAGGAGGAGAAGGCCCGAAUCCAGGCAGAUGCGGCGGCGGAGGCGGAGGCGGAGAGGCGGCGGCUUGAGGCGGAGGAGGAGGCGCGGGCAUUGGCGGCGGAGGAGGCGUUGAGGGUGGCGGAGGAGGCGAGGGCGGCGGAGGAGGCAGAGGCGGCGAGGGUGGCGGAGGCGGCGAGGGUGGCGGAAAAGGAGGCGGCGGCGGCGGCCGCGAGGGCAGCGGCGGCGAGGGCGGCGGUGGAGGAGGAGACGGCGAGAGUAGCGGCGGAGGAGGAGGCGGCUUGGGCCGCCCUGGAGGCAGAGGAGGCGGCAGGGGCAGGGGCCGCAGCGGCAGAGGAGGCGGCGGGGGCAGAGGCGGAAGCGGAGGCGGAGGCAGCAGCGGCAAAGGCGGCGGAGGCGCAGGCAGCGGAGCGGGAGCGGGCGGCGGAAGAGGCGGCGGAGACUGAACCCUCGGCACGGGUGGAAGCUGAAGCCAGGCUACGGGCGGCGGCGGAGCGGGCGGCGGCGGAGCGGGCGGCGGAACAGGAGGAGGCGGCGGCGGCGGCGCAGAUGGAGCUGGCGGUACGGGAGGAAGGCGACGCGGUGCCGACCUCGACGCUGCCGCCGCCGCCACCUCCCGCGGACGGCGCCUCCCAACAUCCAAAGGGUCGGCACGAUCUCCCACAAUCUCCCACAAUCUCCCACACUCUCCAGAAGCCAAAGGGGCCGACAAAGGGUCGGAAGCUCUUCAACCCGCGCGCGGGGCGGAGGGACUCUGCCCUCUGCGACUUCAACCGCGACCUCUCCGCGCCGCAGACCGGGCGGCCGUCCAAGCCGCCCGCGCCGCCGCCGCCCGCGCCGCCGCCGAUACAGCGGGCUGCGGGGGAGGAGGAGGGUGAGGCGUUGCCGGUGGCGCCGCUGGACUUGCGGGCGGGGCAGCGCGUGAUGGCGAUGGCGCCGGACGGGGAGGGCGACGGCGCCGGCGACGCGCGGUGGGUGCCCGGCCGCGUCAUCGCAGAGCGCCAUGUCGACGGCGCGCGCCAGUUCAAGGUCAGCUGCGACGGCUACGACUCGGAGGACGACGUGUGGGUCGAGGCGGCCUCGAGCAAGGUGCGGCUGCAGCAGGCGGCGGCGGGGCGCCACGGCGCCACCCACGCCACCCACGCCAACGAGGAGCACGCGGCGGCGCGGAAGCGCGCCGAGGAGCGCCGCGCGCAGGGCUACUCUCGCCACCGCGAGGCGAUGCUCUCGGGCGAGCGGAUGGCGGACUAG